AUGGCUAUCCGUUUCUUCCAACUCUUUUCUCUCCUUACAUUGGCUGCUGGUAAGCCGAUCUUCUUCCCGAGACAGGUCUCGGACGCUGCGCCGCAGGUCGGUAGCAAUGAGGAUCAGGGCCAAGGACUCGUUGACGUGAAGUUGUACUCCCUCGGCAACUCGACUGUCCGCGCGCAUGUCACGAACGUGGGGAACGAGGGUCUCCGGUUCAUCAAGAGUGGAAGUAUCCUGGAUAACGAUCAUCCGACGAAGAAGGUGGUCGUGUCUGGAGAGAAGGAGAACCCCAUCUUCAAUGGUGCCGAGGUCACCUACAUCAACACCCACCUUACUCCCGAUGGCUUUGUGCAUCUUGCCCCGAACCAGACCAUCGAGUCGAUCUUCGACAUCGCCAACUCGCAUGAUCUCUCUCCUGGCGCAAAAUACUCGGCCAUCGCCGACGGAACGCUGGAAUACACUCGGGCCAGCAACCCCAAGAAGUUCUCUAUCGCGCCCUUCAAGUCCAAUGAGAUCAGUUUUGAAGCACCCGAAACUAUCAAAAAGGAUCUGUCAACCCGCUCGACUCUCGAGUCUUGCAGCGGCGAGUACAACACACUGGUGAAGAAGGCUCUCGAGCGCGCGGCCAAGAUGGCCACCGCUGGUGCCGAGGACGCGAGGAACGGUACCUCCUCUCUCUUUGAGAAGUUCUUCAAGUCGACUUCGCAGUCAGACCGCACCGAGGUCGCGGAUCGUUUGGAUGCUAUCGCCAAAGAAGCGACCACCAAGGGUGUCUUGACCUACUACUGCCAAGCCUCUGCUCAGGAUUCUUGUGGUGCAAACAUCGCGGCGGUGACGUAUCCCACCGAAGACCGUGUUGUUAACUGCCAAGGAUACUACGAGUCGACCGAGGUGUCCGACACCUGCAACUACCUCGACCAGGCUGCCAUUUCUCUGCAUGAAUUCUCCCACGCUACGAGCGUGUAUGACCCCGGCACGGAGGACGUUGCGUAUGGAUACGACAGUGUGCUGCAGUUGAGCACCGCGCAGGCGAAGAACAACGCGGAUUCUUUCGCGUACUAUGCCUCUGCUGUGUUCUUGAACUGUGAUGGCAGUGACGACGGAACCACGACUCCUGGUACCGGUGGUUCCGGAUCGGGCAAUGAUGGAUCGACAAUCACCCUCCCCUGGGAUCAGGGAACCGAUGGCUCUCUGACGGGCGACGACUCGAGCUCUGGCACCGGAACUAACACCGGCUCUGGAUCUGGCUCUGGCUCUGGCUCUGGCUCUGGCUCUGGCACCGGCACCGGCACUGUUCCCAAUGUCGUGACCGUCACCAGCACUAUCCCAGCCUCUACUCCAAACGGCAUUGGAAACGGAUGGACUUUGUGGCCUGUUGGAGGAUCCGGUCUGUCUCAGGAAUCUGGUCAGAGCAGAGAGCAGGAACAAACCCAGGAUCAAUCCCAGGCAAUUCCCCCUGAGAUCCUUUCAAAGCUUGGGAAUGGGUGGUCUCCCCUUGAUCUUGGAUCUGAGGAAGGAGAAGUUCAUGUAGUGGCGCCGCCUAUGCACCAGGGAUGGGUCAAAGGAACGAAUGGUGGGCACCGUCAUGGAAGUCACUAG